AUGAGUGAUUCGCCAGGAGUGGAGUGGCUCCCGGCGUACAGCCCCGGACCACCGCGCCACAGCCCGCUGGGGCCAAUCCCUCGCUUUUUGUACGAAGAUGUUCAGCCAUUGUCUCUACAGCAGGAAAAUAACAACAAGGAAAGUGACCAAAAGGAGAACUCAAAAAUAAUGCACGCGAAACCAGCGUACAGUUAUGCCAGCAUGAUUAGAUUAGCAAUCAGCAGUUCUCCAAAUGGCAAGAUGACUCUCAAUGAGAUUUACAAUUAUAUCUGUAAUGCUUUUCCUUACUACAAAGAAGCUGGCAAAGGAUGGAUGAAUUCAAUAAGGCACAACUUGUCCUUGAAUAAAUGUUUUAUGAAAGUGGCUCGUAGUAAAGAUGACCCAGGCAAGGGCUCAUACUGGGCUAUGGACACCAGCCAGAAAAUGGCAGAGGUGGCACCGCGACGACGAAGAAGUAUAAGGAUGGCGCCGUACAGCCCCGAGUGCAGCUCCAACAGCAGCGGAGCCGACGCCAACGCCACGCCCCCGCCCACACCCACCACGCCCACGCCUCCCGCGCCCGACGCCAACACCAACACCAACACCACCGCCAACACUACCACCAACCCCAAGCCAAUAGACACCGCGCCCGCGCCGGAGAGAGCAGGGACAGUUCCGGAAACGAAUCACACAGACGACGCGCUGUCGGAGCUCAUGAACGAGGAACUCAUCGCCGACGUGGACAUCACUACAGAUCGCCUAUGGAGUGACGGGGGCCGGCGCCACACUUGCGGCGCCUUACACCACAGCUCCCUAACCGACGACUACGGCAACUUCGUCGUCACCACCCUCGACGACUGCGACUGCCCCGCGCUAGAUCCCCCCCUUGCCGCUAUAACCUGCCCCAUCACCCCGCCCCUCCCCGCCUCAAUCCCCUGCCCCAUAACCGCCUCAAUACCCUGCCCGAUAACCGCGAACCACGCCCCUUAUUGGCAGCCUGACGUGUUAUAA